AUGUAUCGUGUGAAAUUUUUGAUAAUUUUAACAAUUUUUAAGUACGGAAAUCCACAGACAGUUCCAAAUGUGUGUUUUUGUGUGACUGCUGGGAGUUGUGCAACUCUUGGGUCGGGAGGUCCUGUGGUGCCUACACUCCCUCCUAAUUCUGGUAGUAAUGAUGGAACAGGUAACAUUGAUAUUCGAAUUCAAACAAGUGGAACAGGUCCAUCUGGUGGCACCGGAACGACACAAUUGUUGACGUCUGUUGCUGGGUCAGGAUUAACUCCUGUUAUAAACUCACCAGCAACAUGUCAAGCAGGUCUAGAAAGAUGCUGUCCAUCAACAGGCUAUCAAUGUGGAUACAGAUUUCCUCCCAUUGCUGGAGCUCGUGCACCAAUUGCAGGCUCAGGACAGUCAAACUAUAUGUCGUAUCCAUGGCAAGCUGUACUACUGGCUUCUGAUAACUCUUUCCAAGGUUCUGGUGUUCUGAUUGAUCAUUUGCAUGUUCUUACUGCUGCUCAUAAGCUUAAUGAAUCAACAGUAUUUGGACGACUUCUAAAAGUUCGUCUCGGCGAGUGGGAUGCAUCAAGUUUGAAUCAAGUAAUUACACCACAAGAGUACCAAGUAGCGAGGAUCUUCAUUCAUCCUCAAUUUACAGCAUCAAAUUUGAGAAACAGUAUUGCAAUUUUGAGGCUUUCAACGCCUGUUACUUUGGGAACUACGCCUAGUAUUACUCCGGGUUGCUUACCAACAAGUUUAGUCAAUGGCGUUAGAUGCUUUGUGUCUGGUUGGGGUCGUCAGGAUUUCACUCCAAAUUCUCAAUAUUCACCAAUUCAAAAGGAAGUUGAUCUGCCAAUUAUUGAUCAGAAUACGUGUCAGAAUCAACUGAGAGCUACAAGACUUGGAUCAGGAUUUGCACUUGACUUUCAGAGCUUCAUGUGUGCAGGAGGUGAAGCUGGAAAAGAUGCUUGCAUAGGUGAUGGUGGAUCUCCUCUUUCGUGUCAGAUAGGAGCUAACUGGUUUGCUGUGGGUCUUGUUGCAUGGGGAAUAGGUUGCGGUACAACAGGCGUCCCUGGUGUGUACAUUAACGUAGCCAAUUAUAUAUCUUGGAUUCAGCAGACAACGAGGUCUUAA